AUGGCCGCCAUCGUAGCACCAAAACCCCUCCCGUUCCUCACCACCCUCACCACCCGCUCCUCACUUGCCCGCUUACCCACUCGGCGUUCCACCCAAACCUCCUGUUCCAGUGCCGGCCGCCGCGGUCCCGCUGUCGCGGCCACUCCUCGUCCCGGCGUAGCUUGCAGGGUCCAUUCCCGCCUUAGGUCUCUUCUCCCUCCCAGCGCGGCAGCCUCGCCCCCAACCGCGGCAGCGGCGGAAGGCAUGUCUGACCCGGAGCUGAGUCUGGUGCUCGAGCUCGCUACCGACGAGGAGCUGAUGGAGGUGGAGGAGAUCCUCUACGGCACCAGCUAUUUUAGUCCAUUGCUAAAGUCAAUUGCAAGAAGACCGAACUCAGAUGGUGUUGUUGUUUUGGAUGAUAUCGAGGAGAGAGAUCAUUUCAUCUCAAAAUUAGAGUCAAGGUUCCUGUAUCUUGCUGCAGAUGCUCGCUCUAUCAUAAGGAGGUGGAGACCAUCAUACAGUGAUGUCUUGCUCAGAGGUGGUAGUGCAUUGACUUUGAAAACAAUAUAUGAAUCGUUAGCCAGUAGACUGUCUGGAAAACUGCUGAAGGAGGCUGCAAAUUAUGAGAUAAAGAAAGAACUUGUUAAGCAGGGUGGGCGGUUGGCUGCUGUUAACCUGGAGUCUAGAGCUGGUUUGCUUGCAGCUAGGCAGGGUUUGGCUCGGGCAGCAUCGAGAUAUGUUGGACUCAGGAGUGUCAUGACAUUUCUUGGACCAAUAUUGUGGGGGACACUCUUGGCUGAUAUUGUGAUUCAAAUGCUGGGCACGGAUUAUGCUAGGAUCGUCCAGGCAAUCUAUGCAUUUGCUCAGAUUCGUCUGACUCGGACAAGUUACAUAGAACCUGAUGAAGAAUGA